AUGAUCAAAUACAUAGACAUAAUAGAAUUGACAAAAUCCAAUUAAAUCAUCAAUUUAGGAAUAUUUAUUAUAACAUCCAUAAUCCCUAUUCUCAUAUUAUUUUUAUAUUUUGUGCUUUAUUUUAAUUAUAAUCGUCACCCUAGACGUAGAUAAGAAGAAAAUACAUUAGAAAAGGUAAUAUAAUAAUUAAAUAACUUAGUUGUUUAUUAGGUUGCUUACAAUAUAAGAAUGGAUAUUUUUUUAUCCAACAAUCUAAAUUCACACUUUAAUAAUCUCUUGUAAAUAUUUUGAUGAAUCUAAUUUUAAAUAUUUAUGCAGCUUUUCUUCAUUUGAUGAUUUUGCAAUUAUUGUUUUAUCUACAACAAUCUUAAUUGUAACAAUCAUUAUUUAAUUUAUGAUAAUUGCAUUUAUAAGAAAUGACAAGUUCUAAAAAAAUGAUUAUUCCUCAUUAUACUUUAAGAAUGGAUAAAUAUAUGUAAUUAUAAAUUAAUUGCUGUAAAAUUUCUUUGCUUGUUUAUAUGAACCUAACAAUUCUUUAGAAUAUGUAAUUUGUAAUUAUUAAUUAUUAUAGCUAAGUUUGUUAAUUUUUCAUAGUGUAUUUCACUUAGUAAUAUGGAUAAUAGCAAUUAAAAAAUGGCCAACAUUUAAUUAAGUAUUUAUAUAGUACUGGUUCAUUUUAAUUAUUAAUAUCAAUAUUUCCUUAUAUCUUUCAUUUAUUUUAGAAACUAUUUUUGAAUAAAGUAAUUCAAAAGAAUAUGGAUUAUAUCAUUUUCUAUGGAUCUUAAUAAUGUUAUUUUUUACUUAAUUAAAAAUAUCCUAAGUUCUUAUGAGAUCCCGUUUAUUUUAGAACAUAAACAGUGAAUAAACUUUACUGACUAAAAUUUAUUCAUUUGAAUAAAUGAUUUCAACAAGGGACAAAUACUCCAAUAUUUUAUUAGUCUUGGGAAUUAUUAGAUCACAUUAAAAUUCUAAUUGCAAGAAUAAUUUAAUUAAAUAAGAUCUUAAAAGAUGUUAUUGUACAAUGAAAAUGAUUUAUGAUCCCAAAAAAUAAAAUGAUAUUAGAAAUCUAUCUUCAUCAAUUAUUAAACAUAUUAAUAUCUUUUCAAAAUUUGUAAUUAAAUCUUGGUAUGAAGAAUAUAUAAAUGAACAUUAAAGUAAUUAUUAUAUUAGAUUAUAAUAUUCAUAAUAUUUAUUUUAUAAAAUAGAUUUAUAUGCCUAAUCAUUAAUAGAAUUAAAUAAAAUGAAUACAUAAUUAAAGUCUUUUAGUGAUAAAUUAUAAUUUUGUAAUUUGUCUGUAAAAAUUAAACAAAAAAUAGACAUAUUAUGUACAUAAAGUUAUAAAUAAAAAUUUGAUUUUGAAGUUGUAGUGGCAAUAGAAGAAUGUAUAAAAAGGAUAUAGAAAUCAUUAAUAUAUAUUAUGGACAUGCAAAUAAAAAUGUUUAAAUAAAUAAUUAAAUAUCAUGAUAUUAAUGAAUAAUUAUUGAUAUAAGAUUUUAAUUAAAUGUUGAAUAAAAUUUAAGAAAUAAAAACUAAUUGGAAAGAUAUAACUAGAAGACAAAUGAUAUAGAAUGAUAAAGUAGAAUUUAUAUCCUUUUUACAUAGAAAAAAAGAAUUUGUGAUACUUUAUAAUUGGUUUAGGUAGAAUAUAUUAAAGAAGAAAGUUAAACAAUCUAUAUAAGUUGGAGAGAAUGAUGAAUUUAUAUAAGAAGAAUCAGAUUCAAAUAGUGAGAAUGAUCACUUUUAUGAUCAAUAAAAAAUAUUUAAUUUAUUAUCUGGAAUACUUCAUUGUAAUACAAAUGGGGAAAUUUUAAAGUUUAGUUAGAAUUGUCAAAAUUUAUAUGGAUAGCUAUAAUUAAAUUCUAUAUUUGAAUUGAUUCCUCAUUCAAUGAAAAGGAAUCAUCAAUUAGCUAUGAGAUAAUUUAUAGAGAAUGGAAAGAGAGGUAGUUUAUUUAAAAAAUUAAAGAUAUUUUAUAUUAAUGAAACAUCAAAUAUAGUUUAAGCUAAUAAAUAUUUAAAAUGUAUUCUAAAUUAAAAAAUGUCAAUUGAAUAUGUAUGUAUGAUUAGACCAAUAAUUAAAAUGGCUCCUAGUAAUUUUAUAUUAUUGAAUGAAAAUUGGGAAAUUGAUUCUACAACAAUAUAAUUAGACUAAUUAUUCUAAAAAUAAAGUUGUUUAUUAAUUUAAUGUCCUAAAUUAUUAAAAUAUUCUCAUUAUUCAGUAUUAAUGAGGGAUAAUGAUUAUGAUUUCUUUUAAUUAAGAAUAUCAAAAACAUAAACAUAAUAUAUUUAAGAAUUAACUUAAUAUAUGUAAAGUUAAUAAAAUAUAAACACAGAUUCACAUUAAACAAGAAGAUUUUUUAAUAGAAGAGGAGAUAAUUUUAAAUAUUUAUUAGAUUAAGCACUUGUAGAUGAAAAUAUAAAUAAUGGAUUUGAAAUAAGUAAGAAUAAUAUGAAAUUUCAUAAAAUAAUAGAUGAAAAUAAUAUCACAUUACAUAUAAGAAUACCAUUAGAUGAAAAAUAAUUAAUUGAAGAUUAUUCUGAAUUUAAGACAUCUCUCAAUUAAAAUAGUGAUUAAUUAACAAAAUCUAUGAGAAUAUAGAGAUUAAGUAAGAUAUUAAUUAGAAAUUAAUAUGGAUUAUUGAGAUUUAAUAAAUUUGAAUUAUUGAGAAGAAUAUUAAAAUAUAGAUUAUUGUCUUAAAAGAAAUAUUAUUAAUAAAUAAGUACAAUUUCAUAUUAUAAAGAAAAGCUUUUUGAAAAAUACUGUUCCAAUACAAAUAAUCUAAAUAAAGUACUUAAAAUUGAAGGUUCUAUUCAUUUUACUACCAAAUCAUCAUUUGAUAAAACUAUUAUUAUUAAAGUUAAUAGAUUUGAAUUUUAUGAGUAGGAAGCAAAGAAAUAUACUGUAAUAUAUAUUAUUUAUUAUUUAGAGUUCAAGUUAAUCUGAAAGAAAGAGAACUACAUCUUCAUAAUCUACUUAAUUUAUUUUAAGAAGGAAUUCUGAUAUAUAUUUUUAAAACUUCUUUUAAAAUCAAUCUAUUAAUUUUUAGACUUUACCUUAAGAAAAUGAUUAAGAUUCAAUAAGAGAUAAUAUUACUAAAACAUUAAUUACUGAAAAUGAAUUGUAAAUUGAUUUUUCAAACUAAAAAGCUAUUUCAGAUGAAGGAUUCUCUAAACAACAUUGGUUAAUUAAAAAUGAGUUUAUUAAGGAUGAUUUAAAUAAGAUUCCAAAAAUGUUAGAAGAAUUAACUUAUAUAAAAUUAUUGAAUCGUUUUUUAUUAAUUAGUUUACUAAUUUUAAUAAUUACAGAAUUUGUUUUUGGACCUUAACUUUAUAUAAGUUCAAUUAUUGAGAAUUAAAUUAAUAAGGUCGAAUUAGUUACAUCAUAUGUUUAAAUCAUAUCUUAAACUUAUAAUUCAAUUAUUGAUUUAGAUCUAUCUUAAAAAGAUAUUUAUAUUGCUAAUCUUAUACAAAUUAAUUAAAUUGCAUAAAGUUCUGUCUCAUAACUUAAUUAAUUGACUCUAGAAACUUAAGAUUUCAUAUCAAUUUUCAAUUAAAAUACUGAUUUUAAUGAAGAAAUCUCCACUCUUGAUUUAAUGGGAACUUUUAGAGCAAAUAUUAAUUAAUUUUUACAAGUAGUAUAAAAUAUUGAUUCAAAUACUUUAAAUGAUACAAUCUCUUUUUAUAGAAGUAAUUUAAUACCUUACUUUUAUGUGACAUUGAAUAAAUCAAUGGAAAAUAUUAAUUAAGCAUUACUAAUUAAUUUAUAAUAUAUUAAAGGUAUUUUCUAGGCUUUCCUACUCUUUAUUUCCUUAUUUAAUGGAACUAUUAUUUUUUCAAAUAUAAUGUUUCUGUUCUAAAUGAUCAAAAAAAUUAAAGUAAUAAAGUUAAUAUAUUAUUAUUUAAGUUAUUACUAAGUUCAUUUUAAUUGAUAAACAAAUAACAAUUUGUUUAAAUAUAUAAGUAUUAGUUAUCUUUGAGAUAAUAAUUAAAAAUCUUAAAAAUAAGUAAUCUAAAUGGUAAUAUUGAUUAAAAUAACUUAGCCUCAUAAAGACAUAUAGAAAAUCUAAUACAAAGAGAGAAUUAAGAAGUUGAACAUGCUAAAGAUACUUCUAUUAAUAAAUAUACAGAAUCUUAACAUUGGAUUAGAUUAUCAAUAAAGGUUUUACUUACUUAUAUUAGUAUAAUGACAAUGCUUUUAUUAAUGGGAAUAUAUUAUAAUUUCUAUUUACAAUCAAUUAUUGAUGGAAUAUCAUUAUUUAUUGAAACUAAUGCUUUUACUUAAAAUUUGAUUCCAUAUUGGGCAAUUGUUGCAAUAAAAGAUGCUUAUUGUUUUUAAUAAUAAUAUUAAAAUGAGAUUAAUUUUAGUUAAUAUCUUGAACUAAUUAAUCAAUUUUAAUCAAUGUAAAUUAGCAAAUUAGUUUAUAAUAACAAUUUAUAAUCUGUACAAUCUUUAUUUUAUGGAGAUCAAUGUUAAAAUGAAUAUUUAAGUAUAUUUCAAUUUAAACAUAGAUUUAUCAUCAUUUGAAAAGUAAUAAUGUCAAUAUUAAUUAAAUGGAGCAUUAACAAAAGGAUUAAUUUUUUAUUAUGACUAUUUAAAUUAGAUAUCGAUAUCUUUAACUAAUUCUAGUGAUACUCGAUUUGAAAAGGUAUCAUUAGAAAGAUUAAUGGAGUUUAGCGAAGUAAAUAAUUAUAUUUAAAGAAAUAGAUGUAAGGUUUAGUAUUUUCUUUACAAAAAUAAGCAGUAUUUGAAUUUAAUAAAGAAAUCAAUUCUAAAUUAAGUGAUUACAUUUCUGUAGAGAAAGCAUUAGUGUAAAAUAUUAAAUAUAAUUAAUCAAUAGAACAGUCUUUAUUUUUUUAACAUGUUUACUUUACUAUUUAAUAAUUGAAGGUUAUUUUCAUAAUUUGAUGGAUUCUUAAUAUAGAAAAUUUAGAUAGUUUUAUUAUUACAACUAUCCAAAUAGUAUUUUACAUUAGAAUAAGACUUUGAGAGCUAGAUUUAAAAAGUAUGGUAUUUUAAAGAAAUGA